AUGGCUGACGAUUCCAAGCAGACCGUAUUGGAGCAGGCAUCAGCUUCAUUAAAGAGGCCAAACGAUGACAAUAGCAACAAUAGUGACGACCCGGCUGUGAAGACUGAAGAAGCACCAAUAGAAGGACAACCUCCUAGAAAGCGGGUCGCUCUAGAUACUUCUCAACCUGCCUCUCCAUCAGACCCACUACCAGACGCCAAUGAUAACGAAAAUCAACCAACAUUUGAAGCUAUUGAUACGUACGAUAGGCCUCAGGCUCCACGUCAUCCGACCCAAGAAGACGGCCAAGAAUCAGAUGACGAUGGCAUGGAUUUAGAUGAUAAUGAUACUUCUACCAAAAAGGACCCAGAUGAUAUAGACUUUAUUACUUCGACCUCACCUACUCAUCAUGCUCCUGGCAGUACUACUAAUACUCUCAAACCACAUACGCCGGCUAUAUACACCCCAAGUGCUGCUCAAACUCCUACUGCUGCUGAUGGUGGUAAUACUCCUUCUUGGGGUCAACCUCCCAGAAAGCCUGACAUUACUCAACGACCUGCCAGGCACGAGCUACGCAAGUUUGUAGGCACUUCUCCCAUAGAUGAUUAUGAAAUAUCUAAUACUGUUGGAGAGGGUACAUUUGGUCUGGUCACAGUGGGUAAAAAUAAGAUUACUGGAACAAUCGUUGCAUUGAAGAAGAUUAGUAUGAAGAAUGAAAAAGAAGGGCUUCCAGUUACAGCUCUACGAGAAAUCAAGAUCCUCAAGAUGAUGAGUCACCCGAAUGUGAUCCAGCUUCUAGAGAUUGCAACCAAGAAAGCUGAUAAGAACAAGAGCGUGAGAGGAGAAGUGUAUAUGGUGUUUCCCUACAUGGAUCAUGAUUUGAGUGGUAUCAUCGAAAGUGACAAUAUCAAGCUCACUCCCAGUCAUAUCAAGAGUUACAUGAAGCAAUUAUUGGAAGGCACUGCAUACUUGCAUCAGGUCAGGUUGAUUCAUCGAGACAUGAAGACUGCCAACAUCUUGAUUGACAAUCAUGGAAACUUGAGACUAGCAGAUUUUGGAUUAGCUCGAACGUAUAAUCCUGAUGAAAAGAAGAGAAGAUAUACGAAUAUGGUUGUUACUCGAUGGUAUCGCCCUCCAGAACUGAUCUUGGGAGAUACCAAGUAUGGUCCAUCUGUUGAUAUGUGGGGUAUAGGCUGUGUUUUCGGAGAAAUGCUGCGAAGGCAACCUAUACUACCAGGAGGAGGUGGCAAAGAUGAAGAGACAGCAUCCGUUGAUCAGUUGAAGAGAAUCUUCUCAAUGCGAGGCAUACCAACAGUCGAAACAUGGCCAGAUUGGGAUAAAUUACCAAAAUGGGCCAGUUUUGGAGCUCAAUUCAAGGAACAAUAUAGGCCCCAAGAUCUCGCCAAACAAUUUGAAAAGGAUUGCCGUGGCGCACGUAUAGAUAUAGAUGAAAGUGGGUUGUCACUGUUGGCUGGUCUAUUGAUAUUGAAUCCAAGAAACCGGUUGACAGCAGACAAGGCAUUAUUAGCACCAUAUUUCACACUACGACCAUAUGCUGCUCGACCAGGAACAUCAGAUUUCCCACAAUGGGAACCUUCUCAUGAAUUGGAUGCGAGGAAACGACGUGAAGCUGGUGGUGGGCAUCGACCGCCAGCAGCAGCUCAGCCGCAAGCUGGAUUCUCGCAAGCUGCUCAUCGAAGGCCAGAUCAAUUUAAUCGUCCUCGAUAA